CACGUUGAUACUCAACCUGAGAACAGAUUUUCAUCGUUGGUUCAUGAUCAACAAAUCGUAAUUGUACCAGAAUUUACACUUGAAUCUGCUUUUGAUCCCACAAAAUAUUUUAUUUUUUGUGGGAAUGUUCUUGGAUCACCUUAUGGUACUGCAUCUCCAGUUACGAUUAAUCCUGAAACAGGCAAUAUAUAUGGCCCAGAAUUUCCUUUGACAACGCCCCGAGAUGACCAACCAGCAACAGGUCUUGCAGCUGCACGCAUGUCUGCGCUUCUAACAUAUCGUUCUCGAGAUUCUUUCGAGUCUCGAUUUGGUCGUACAUAUCAAGAUUUAAAUAAAAAUGCAACAGUCAAUGGUUUCUCAUUCGUUAAAGCAAAAACACCAGCGGAGUACGCUUUAUUACUACAUAAUGAUGGUCUUCGAUGUAAUAAUGUUAAUGGUAAGUCUUUAAAGUCAAGGGAUCAAAACGGAAACAAUAAUAUAGCCUUAAAACAAGCAAAUAUCCAAGAUAACGAUAAUAUUGAGCCACUUGAUAACAAAGAAUAUAAUCAGGAAAACAACAAUGUACAUUCAACUGCUGCUGUACCGCAUUUAUUUUCAGCACAGUCAUAUCUUAGAUAUCAAGGUGAUAAAUUUGUAAAAAGGUUUGAUGCUAAUUGUUAUAUAAGUCUUACACGAAAGAUGGAUGCUUAUGAUAUAGCAAAAGAUAGAGGUGAUUUGAAGGAGUCAGAUGGUCUUUUUACUAUAUCUGAACAAUAUGAGUUGGCAGAAUUUAUACCAAAUUCUGAGAUGGUAACCAUUAAAUCGCUGGAUGGACAUGAUGGUUUUCUUAUCGAGUUUGAUCAGAUGAAUCGACAUAUUCUUCGCUUUACUCGUACACAUUUAUCUGAAAUAUUUGAGGAAGAAUCAUGUGAAAGUGAUGGUAUAGAAGAAGAAAAAUUGGUGGCUACCAAAAAUAGUUUGUUUGGUGAAGCAGAAGUUGAGUUUCUUUAA